AGCGCGCACCGUAACGGUAAAUAACGGUCGCUGAGAGCUCGCGUUUUAAACGAGCGGAUGGAAGGGAAGUACUCGACCGGCUGAGGGGCUUUAAAGGAGACCACCGAAGGGAGAACCGAAUUUCACUGUUAAAUCGGAUUUCUGUUCUCUAAAGAGCCCGUUUUGGAGGCGUUUUCAGCGGACUUUUUGGCGCCACCCUGACAGGACGCGCGAGCUGGUGGAGUGGCCGCUGGUGCAGUAAAUGCUGAUAAGCCUGUCUGAUUUGGAGAAAAUGACGGAAAUCAGUGAGAAGGAGAAUGAACCUCAGAACCAGCGAGACUUCCAGCGCUCCCCUGGGACUGUCACCGGCCAGCCUGAGUCUAAGCUGCAGAAACUGAAGCGCUCCCUUUCCUUCAAGUCUGUCAUGCGGAGUAAAAGCGUCGAUAACUUCUUCCAGCGAACGAACUUUGAGGCUCCGCCUCCCCCUGACCUCAUCGCUGAGUCUCCGCCCCCUGUGAUGGAGUCCCCCUCUCCACCACUCUUUCAGGAGCGCCCUUUGACUUUUGACCGGUCGCCAUCUUUGUCGCCGUCCAUCAGUCCGAACCCCUCGCUGUCUUCUCGUUCACCUUCAGUGAGCCCCUCCAUCUCCAUCAACUCGAAAGCCCCGCCCCAGUCGCAGCCCCACCCACAGAAAACACACUGUUUCCAGGAAUACGUGUUUCGCCGACCGACCGUCUGCCAGCAGUGCAAGCAGGUGAUCACAGGGAACUCGAAGCAGGGUUUGCGCUGCAAGACAUGUAAACUGGGAGCUCAUCUUUGGUGUUCUUCUGAGCUUUCCCAGCAAGUUUGCAAUGGCAAGUCGGGGGCAUUCAAACGGAACUUCAGCUCACCUCUGCUCACCAAUGACCUGUUUACAACUGUAAAGGAGGCUCCACCUCCCCAAGAGCACGGAAGAGGGACUGUGGACCCCAUAUAUGAAGCCUUGAAAUAUGGAACGUCUCUCGCACACAUGAGCCGCUCCAGUUUUGGCAGCAUCUCGGAAUCGCCGUGCCACCAGAGUAACGGUGGAGAGGAGAAGUUAGAGAGCCAACCGAUUGCUGAAGAGUCUGUACAUGAGUCUGAAGUGGCUUCUCUGGCUGACAGUGAAAAGGGUGAGGCAGAGGACAGGGUCAGUUUAAAGGCCCCAAGGCGCAUUGAAGUUCACUCCAUUCACACAUACGUAGCGCUGUACAAGUUCCUCCCUCAGGAGAAAAAUGACUUGGAACUACAGCCGGGUGACCGUGUGCAGGUGAUGGAUGACUCAAACGAGGACUGGUGGAAGGGGAAGAGUCGUGAUAAAGUUGGCUUUUUCCCAGCAAACUUCGUACAGAGGGUGCGUCCCGGGGAGAGAGUGUGGAGAGUCACUCAGGGCUACCACGGCAACCGCGAGAAAGGUCAAAUGACCGUGAAAGAGUUGCAGAUUUGUGUGGGUAAAGGGGAAGAGACGGACGGUUUUCUGAAGCUGACCAGCGGAAAAAAGCGCGGCCUCGUGCCCUUGAUGUGUUUGGUGGAGAUAUGAACCAUACUCUUUUUCCUCCACCCAGACUGGGGAACGUCCUCACCUCUCACACCCCAACGGCAGGGACGCACCACACAUGCAUACACACACACACUUACCUGUGCACACACACAGACAUAUAUACCGAAGAGAGGGAGCACAUGGAUGUUGCUCAGUAGAGGACCCACCUCAGCCUCCAGUGGACAGUAUGGAGAUUUUGUUGUUUGUAGAAGCAACGGAGAGAUGAAGUGGAUAGAUGAGGCUUUCAGGAGGCUGAAGUAUUGGCGUUUAACCGGCUGCUCUGACCUCUGACCUCUCUCACCAACGGAAUAACCUCUGUUGGACCAGUUGCACUGUAUCUACUGAUCUGCUGUAUGUGUGUUGGGCGACCCAUUAUAGUAGCAGAAUAACUGUAGAUGACCUUUGUCUAUGUUUUUAGUCUUAUACCACUGUCCAUCGUGCAAAUGGACGUUUGGCUGUGCUGUCUUCUGUACUGAUGUUAAUGUGGCUGUUAAGGAACGACGUCUAGAGGGAAAUGGUUUGCGUGAUGUCAUUUCCAUGAUGGUUUUGUUUAUGAAUAGCUUUUUUGGAUGAUGCUGAAGGCUGACAAAAGGAACGAAAGGGUUGUGAGUAUAUAAAACUAUAUAUGACUCCUCAAAGUGAUAUGAAUUGUACAUGUAGGACGGCGAGCAGAAAGCUGUUUCUUUGUGAAUUCAGUGUCUCAGCCUGUGAUGAACUAGGUUCACAUGAUCCAAACAGUAAUUUCUAAAUAUUUUCACCAUAUUGGGCUGUGGUCAUAUGUCAACUCAAGUCUUCUCUCUUAAGUCUCUUUGUCUGUAUGUAGUUCUGCCUAAAAGGGCUUUUGCACUUACCACAGUAAUCAGUUUUUUCCCUGAAGCAUUACCAAGGCAUCUUUUUUGCCACUACAUUAGACUCUCUCUCCAUCUGUCAGUUUUCUUUAUACUUCCCACUUCUCCUGCUCUCCAAAUCUUAUCCAGUUCUUGAAGCCCAUUUCUUUCACACAGAAUAUGAUGAUAGUCCAAGAUGACCUUCCAAACAUCCCAGAGAUUCUGACUGAAUCUUCUUCCCUGUGGAGUAUUGUAGUGGAACAAGCCAGAGCUAGAAGGAGCAAGGUACAGUUUCAGCAGAAUU